ACUAUAACGCCCAGAGGGGAAGGGAAAGUUUUCAAGAAUCAACAACGCAACGCCAGACACCUUAUUCAUACGGGCCACAUCAAAAUGGCCAACGGCAACUAAACCAAAGACAAUUUCAACGGCCGCAGAAUAAUUUGUAUCAACCGCGAAGGAAUAUUUACCAACCCUCAAAUUUUGGGAACCCUCAAAAUCAGCCAUGGCGUGAAUCGACUGGUGAUCAGUAUCAACCACGAGGACAACCUUUUCACAACACACAACCAGCGAAAAACAGUGACAUUACGUGCUACAAGUGUAACAAAAAAGGACACAUUGCAAGAGAAUGUUGGACAGAUAUGGCACGUAUCAACCGUCAACCACGACGUCAAAUAAAUGGAAGAGCUGUAUGCAGCUUUGGUUUACAGAGACCAACUAGAUUUUGAAAUUGUUCCUGCCAACCAGGUUCCCCAAUCACUGCUGGAAUCCCCUGGUAGAUGUGGAUAUAUCCCAAGUAUGCCUGGUGUGCGUUAUCGUUUUUUGGGCGUAGGAACCAACCAGAAUGAGUUAAGGAUGAUGGCCCUCAACGUGCUUGUUGAUGAGGUUGAGUACAUGUUUGGUUUUAAUCCUCAACCACACAGAACACGUAACAGAGAACAUACCGCUUUUGCAACAGAGGCUCCCAUCACAAAUGUAAAAAGCCCAAUGGUGCAAGGCAGAGCGUUAAUAACAGGACAUCUUGAUAAUGAACUGUGGUCCACUUGUGGUUGACCCAUUCAUAGACUGCAUCCAAACAAGCACCUUUGAAAAAGGUUUAAGAUGAAAAAAUGGACUGUAGUGUCAAGUUAAACGUAAAGUCUACCCUUCACUUUAUAAUUAGAGUUGGCCAAAGCUUCCACAACCUUCACCAAUUGCAGCUGAACAUUUGACGUAAAUUUAAUUAUUUGUUGAUGACAAUGUGAUUCUUGUACCUGGCUGUAAUAAUCAAUAACGAGUAAAUGUUUACCAACAGUGAAUUUGCCCAACAUCCAUAGGGUUGUACUAUUGAGUGAUUUACCAGCUUGUGAAUUGGGUUUAAACCAUAAAACAAGAACGUCUUUUAAAGCCUAAAAGAUAAACAAAAAAAUUAACAAUACGAUAUGACAAAAUGAUUAGAAAAUCAAAAAUAAAAUUGUUCUGCCUUCAAAUAA